GCCCCAUGGGUACCAGCCACAAAGAAAGCCUCCAAAGCCUAACGAGAUGCCAUCACUGUCGCCACGAGAAUGAUGUCUCAUGCGCGUUAUGCCCUCCAUCGAACAAUCACAAGGAAGCUUGUCUCUGUAAGGCGCAUCAAUGCAAUAUCUAAUGCAUUGAACCACAUCACAUCCUUCUCAACCCUGCCGCAAGUCAAUCAACCUACCCUAUCAAGCCCCGUCGACGCAGAGCCUCUGGACCGCUAUAAGAAAGGUGGUUACCACCCAAUGACACUGGGAAGCGUCCUAGCGAACGGGAGAUACAAGAUACUGCAUAAAGCAGGAUGGGGCGGUUACUCAACGGUCUGGGUGGCAAGAGACCAAAGGGAAGAGACCUACGUAGCUAUCAAGAUCUGCGUGUCUGAAGGGGAAAGCUGUAGGAGUCAGCGAGAGCUCGAUACUCUGAAGAAAUUAAGAGCAACACACCCCGGCUCUCGACAUGUCAUGCACAUGCUUGAUCACUUUGACGUCGAGGGACCGAACGGCACGCAUCGCUGCCUCGUGCUGGAGCUACUAGGCCCAAGUGUCCCUGACCUGAUAGAGGCCCGCUUUGCGGAUGGCAGACUUCCCGGUCCUCUCGCCAGGGCUACUGCCAAACAGGCUCUGCUUGGGCUAGACCUUCUGCAUGACCAGGGAAUUGCACACGGAGACCUCCACACCGGAAACCUAGCCUUCGCCAUAUCCCCAAUGAACCCAACCCCCAUGCCCGAGUCAGAAAUCAAGAAUCUACUAGGUAAGCCAGAAACCGGCCAUGUGCACAGAAACGACAGUAAGAGUCUAGGGCCAGGUAUACCCGAGUACAUCGUCAGGCCCGCAAGCACAUGGAAAUGGACAUGGCCCAUCUCCGACGCGACGAUCAAGAUCAUCGAUUUCGGCGAAUCAUUCUCGCAGCAGAAUGUCCCUCGGACUCUGCACACACCUCUGGCGCUCCGCGCACCGGAAGUCAUAUUCCAGGACCGCCUGGAUUAUCGUGUAGACCUCUGGACGCUCGGUUGUAUGCUGUUCGAACUAUUCGUCGGCCAACCGCCCUUUGAUAGCUUGUUUACGACGCCGUCGAUUCUCGUGGGGCAAAUGCACGAGAUAAUAGGUGAAGCGGUACCUGCAAGGUGGAUGGGUAAAUGGGAGGCGAUGCGCGAUGGCGCCAAUGUGGAGAGUCCGGGGCCUGGAUUACAGGAAUGGCUGCUGGAGGUGUACUUUGAUGGCGAGCGGAAAGAGGACUUGACGAAGGAUGAUACUUUAAAGUUGGGUCGGAUUAUUCAGAGGUUGUUACGGUUCGAGCCGUCUGCCAGGGCAUCAGUGAAGGAGCUUCUGGACGAUCCUUGGUUUAGAGACUGA